AUGGGUUCGCCGAUUUCGGGAUUCAUCGCCGAGGCGGUCCUGCAACGGUUAGAGUCGCUGGUCUUCCAACACCACAAACCGACGUUCUGGGCCCGGUAUCUGGAUGAUACCUUCGUCGUUAUCGAUCGGGAUCAACUGCUGACAUUCAAGGAACGUCUGAAUGCGGUCUUCUCGGACAUACAAUUUACGAUGGAGGAGGAAGAGAACAACCAGCUGGCCUUCCUGGAUGUCCUCGUAUGCCGCAAGGAUUGUGGUGGACUAAAGACCAAAGUGUUCAGGAAAGCGACAAAUACGAUGCAAGUACUGAACUUCAACAGUAACCACCCAAUCAGCCACAAACGCAGUUGUGUAAGGACGCUCUUUCAGCGUGUCGAAACGCACUGCAGUGAGCCGGAAGACAAAAUUGCUGAACUACAAUACCUCCGACGGGUAUUCAAAGCCAAUGGCUACCCGAGCAACUUUGUCAACCGGUGCAUACGCAAAAUGGACGAAAGGCCUAACCGCAGGGACACCAAAGUUUGGCGAGCGCUUCCAUAUGUCAAGAACGUUUUGGAAGCUGUUGGCCGCCUUCUCGCACCGCUGGGGGUUGGAGUUGCACACAGGCCAGAGGCAACCAUCAGGCGUCAAAAAACCCACUGCCACGGCAAGAAACGUCUGGAGUCGUUUAUCGGAUCUGGUGCAGUUGCGGACAAAGCAACUACGUCGGAGAAACCGGAAGACAGCUCCGCACGCGAAUGGCCGAACACGCUGCAGCAGUGCGGAGAAAUGACGCUAGCUCUCAAGUUGCGGCUCAUUCGAUGA